CUGCGUGAGGUUUCAAGUGUGCAGCUAUGUAGUCUCAUCCGCAGAGAACUGAGUGGAUACGGACUCCUCUAACCAAAUGAUGAAUGCAAGUACGUGUUUCGCAGAAGAAUGCGGAAUGUACUGUGGCCCGCACUGAUUGGACCACCUGGUGCCAGGCCACCACAUGCCCCCCGGUAACUCGGACUACGACCUCUCACCCCCUCGAGCUCCGCCUCUCUCGGCCAGCGGCCAUUUGUCUUGAUGAGGAACCCUGUCAUCGGUGAUGUGAUGAACAAGUUUGAGGUGCUUGGGAUCGUGGGGGAAGGAGCGUAUGGGGUCGUUCUCAAGUGCAGACAUAAGGACACUAAUGAAAUCGUGGCCAUUAAGAAGUUCAAGGACAGUGAAGAGAAUGAGGAGGUGAAGGAGACGACCCUGCGGGAGCUGAAAAUGCUCCGCACGCUCAAGCAGGAGAACAUUGUGGAGCUGAAGGACGCCUUCCGUCGCCGCGGGAAACUCUACCUGGUGUUUGAGUAUGUGGAGAAGAACAUGCUGGAGUUGCUGGAGGAGCUUCCCAACGGUGUCCCGCCUGACAAAGUGCGCAACUACAUCUACCAGCUGAUCAAGGCCAUCCACUGGUGCCACAAGAAUGACAUCGUGCACAGAGACAUCAAGCCAGAGAACCUCCUCAUCAGCUCUGAAGAUGUGCUCAAGCUGUGCGAUUUCGGUUUUGCACGCGACCUCUCUGAAGGAAAUGAUGCAAAUUACACUGAAUAUGUGGCCACCCGGUGGUAUCGCUCUCCAGAGCUCCUGCUGGGAGCUCCGUAUGGGAAGGCAGUGGACAUGUGGUCUGUGGGGUGCAUUCUGGGAGAGCUGAGCGAUGGACAGCCUUUGUUUCCAGGCGAGAGCGAGAUAGAUCAGCUCUUCACCAUCCAGAAAGUUCUGGGUCCCCUUCCUCCAGAGCAGAUGAAGCUUUUCUACAACAACCCUCGCUUCCAUGGCCUACGGUUCCCCACAGUGAGCCACCCACAGACUCUGGAAAGGAGAUACCUCGGCAUCAUCAACGGCCCCAUGCUGGACCUAAUGAAGAACCUGCUGCUCCUGAACCCGAACGAGCGCUUUCUGACGGAGCAGAGUCUGAACCACCACGCUUUCCAGACCCAGCGGCAGGCCGAGCGCCCCGGCCCGCCCACGCCCACGCCCAUCCGCUCCUCCAAGAGGAAGCCCCACCAUGACAGCAGCGCCCUCAGCAGGAGUCACGGUAGUAAGAGCUCUGGGCACCAUCGUUCCAGCAGCCGGGAUUGCUCGAGCCUGCCGCGCCACAGCCAUGACGACCUGCUCCCGCCCAGCGCCGACGCCUUCCUGAACGGCGCCGGCCCCGCCUCCAGCAGCCUAAGCCCCACCCUGCACCCCAAGACGUACCCGCCCCCGCAGCCCCUCAACCGCUCGGCGUCCUGCGGCAAAGACCUGUCCAACCUGCCGCCCUCUGCCCUCAGCCCCAAGAAGUCCAAAGCGAAAGCGGGCGACUUCGACUUCGGCAAGCCGUCCGACGGCCCCGGGGCAAAGUACCUCAAGUCCAACGCCUCACGUUCCCAGAACCGCCACUCCUUCGUGGAGGGCAAGACCAACACGCUGCAGGGCGAGCGGGAGAAGCUCGCGGGCCGCCACGGCUACGGCGAGUCAGUGGCGGGGUCCUCGGGCGGCAAGGGGUCGUCGUCGUCAUCAUUCCUGAGCCUGUCAAAGAGCCACGGCUCGCUGAGCGACGCCAGGUCGGUCAGCAACCUGAGCGACCCACGCCUCCUGCAGGAUGAGACGCGCUACUUCCCCUCCAGCUGCCUGGACCUGAACGUCGGGCUGAACCUGCCGGCGCCGGGCAGCCCCGCCCUCCGCCACAGCCCCUCGGCCGCCACCGCCGGCCGCGCCAAACCCGAGCGGCAGGACGCCUCGCUCCGCCACCCCGCCUCGCGCCACAAGGGCCAGAUGCCGGACGAGGCCAAGGCGGGCGACGCCCUGGAGCCCGGCGGCGGGCUCUCGGCUGCCUACGACUUCCCUUACGGCGUGGGCUACACCAGCCCCUUCUCCUCGCAGCAGCGCCCCCACAGGCACUCCAUGUACGUGCGGCGGGAGCGCGGGAGACCGCACGGGGCCGAGGCGCAGGGCCUGGCUGUGGGGCAGAGCGUGCCCGCCCGCACCAGCAGUCUCCAGAUGCUUUCGCCGCAGCUGCAGCACCGCACGCUGCCCCGACACGUGGGCAGCUCAGCCUCCCGCGACGACGACCCCGACGACCUCAGGACGGCCAUGUAUCAUGAGCAGCACCCGGAAGAUGGAGGUUCGUCCAAGGAGAACCGCAUGAUCUACAGUGACUCCAUGCCACGCAGGGUUGGGAGCUUCUACAGAGUGCCCUCUCCUAGACCGGAUAACGCUUUCCACGAGAGCAGUGGGCAGACCAUGGGCUCAGGAAUAAACAUGGAGAACAGCAGUCACCCCAAGCGCCAGCCCACAUACGACCCCUGGACGGGGCCCGAGGCACUGGACCUGAGCCCUCCGGAACCAGCCAAAGAGAAGGUGAAGCAGGGCUUCUUCAGAGCAAUAAAGAAGAAGAAGAAGAAAUCUCAGACGGUGGACGCCGGAGAAGUCAGAGGUCCCGUGAUCAAGAAAUCUCUUUUCCCUCUGUUUAACCCAAAGACUAGCUUUAAACAUAGCUCCUCUGAGAGAAUACUCCCCCUAGUGGCCUCACCUAUGGUCCUGAACGAGGGGCCGGACCAGGUGGUGGUGCAGAAGUCGUCAAGGUCGUUUGGACACCAGAGCAGCAGCCGGCACCGCACCCGCAGCCGGGACCGCGAGAGGAGCCGGGAGCGGGAGAGAGAGCAGGAACAGGAGCGGGACAGGGAGGGCGAGUGGCAGGCCGAGCCCCACUCGCAGGUGCUGCAGAGAGAUCAGAACCAACCUCUCAAGUCUCUUCGCCGGCUGCUUCAUCUGUCCUCCUCAUCCAACCAGCCCGCCACACCGGAUCUGCGCUUCCGAGGCCAUGUGGGAGGGGGCGGGGCGGGCGCGUCGCAGUCAAAGGCACGCCAAGCCGCGUAUCCUCUCCCAGGCCAGCUGGAGCCCACCUGGCACGCAGCAGCCCUGGCGCGGGCCGAGGGAAACCCGUACCCAGACCAGCUGGCCUCCAAGGCAGGCCAGAACGGACUCGGCUUCAGCCGCCCCUCCCGCUCACGGAUGCCAAACCUCAACGACCUAAAAGAGACUGCUCUGUAAAUUUGAGGCAGUGAUGGCGGCUUCUGUACCACAGUGCCACCUGGAGGCCUGGAGGAUUGGAGAGUGCACAGUGAAGGGCACUGUUCUUUUGAACACUAGGGGUAGGCCUAGACAUGUCUUAAUGUGUUUUUGUUUUGUUUUUUUUAAAUCAUCCAUAUUUAAUAGAAUUUGUAAUUUUAUUUAUGUACUUACUGUAUUUUUUGUUAUCGAAUAA